AUGAUCUCUGCUACAAAUUGGGUCCCAAGAGGGUUUUCUUCGGAAUUUCCUGAAAAAUAUGUUUUAGAUGAUGAAGAAAUGGAAAGAAUCAACCAGUUAGCACAAUUGAACUUGGACGAUGCCAAGGCCGACUUGGAAGAAGCCGGGGGUGAAGUCGAAGUUGAAGAUGAUGUUGAAGCUGAGGCUGAAGCUGAAGCUGAAGCUGCCCCUGCUGGUUCUGAGAACUUGAAAGAUCAGCUAGAGAUGGACGAUGAUUUGAAAGAGUAUAAUCUAGAGGAAUAUGACAACGAAGAGACUAUCGGCAACGAGAACGGUGAAGACAUAUCCAUGUUUCCAGGUCUAAGCAAUGACGGAGAUGUUAAGUUCCAUGAAGGGGAAGAAGGUGAAGAUCCAUAUAUUUCAUUGCCUAAUCAAGAGGACACCCAAGAGGAGAAGCAAGAGUUGCAAGUCUACCCAUCUGAUAACUUGGUUCUUGCUACAAGAACAGAAGAUGACGUCUCGUACUUGGACGUUUACGUUUACGACGACGGUGCCGGGUUCCAUAGUGAUGAUAUUCCGGUUGAAAAAGGUGACGAGGUUGAUCCGGAUGUUGCCCGUGGGUUAGUUCGUGAUGGUGCGUUAUAUGUUCACCAUGACUUAAUGCUGCCUGCGUUCCCAUUAUGCGUGGAGUGGCUUGAUUACAAAGUCGGUUCUAACUCUGAAGAAGCUGCUAAUUACGCCGCUAUCGGUACAUUUGAUCCACAAAUCGAAAUUUGGAACUUGGACUGUGUCGACAAGGCCUUCCCGGAUAUGAUUUUGGGUGAGCCACUUGACAAUUCAAUGGCUUCUUUGCAGAGCAAAAAGAAGAAGAAGAAGUCUAAGAACCAACACAUCAAGACCCAUCAUACUGAUGCUGUUUUGUCUAUGGCACACAACAGACACUUCCGUUCUGUAUUAGCAUCCACCUCCGCAGAUCAUACCGUGAAACUAUGGGAUUUGAAUUCAGGUAGCGCAGCCCGUUCGUUGGAUUCCAUCCAUUCUAACAAGAACGUUUCUUCAUCUGAAUGGCACAUGUUGAACGGGUCCGUUCUUUUGACCGGUGGUUACGAUUCUCGUGUGGCUUUAACUGAUGUAAGAAUUUCCGACGAGAGCCAAAUGAGUAAACACUGGUCCGUCAUGUCAGGCGAAGAAAUCGAAACCGUAACAUUUGCUGAUGAAAAUAUAAUAUUAUGUGGUACUGAUUCUGGUAACGUAUACUCCUUUGAUAUCAGAAACAAUGAAAGUCGUAAGCCAGUUUGGACAUUAAAGGCACAUGAUGCCGGUAUCUCCACUUUAUGUUCAAAUAAAUUCAUUCCUGGUAUGAUGAGUACUGGGGCCAUGGGUGAAAAAACUGUUAAAUUAUGGAAGUUCCCCUUGGAUGAAACUACAAACGGCAAAGGUCCAAGUAUGGUUUUGUCCCGUGACUUUGAUGUCGGUAAUGUCUUGAGUUCAUCAUUUGCGCCAGAUAUCGAAAUAGCAGGCAGCAUGGUUAUCGGUGGUGUCAACAAGGGUUUGAAACUAUGGGACGUUUUCACCAACAGAUCCGUACGUAAAAGCUUCAAUAGUGAACUACACGACGUGCAAACAAGAGCCAGGGAAGAAGCCAAGCAACUGGGCAAGAGUUCGAGAAUCGCAAGAAAAUACACCAACAAUGAUAAUCCAGACACUGUUAUGACCAUUGACGAUCAAGGUGAAGACGAAGAAGAAAGAGAAGGUGAAGACGAGCAUGAUGACAUGGCAUAA